GAGUGCGUCGAGGCGCGACUUUGCAGCAGCCUUCCGUCGAUAGGACUCCAGGUAGACAUUUUCGGGCAAGACUGCGAGGAUGAAGUGGUCGGCACUGGUGGCGAUGUUCCUGGCGUUUCUGGCCGGUGGUUGGGGACUCGGCCGACCUGGACUGCCCGACUCCGGAGUCGUCGUCGUCUUCCCGAAAUCGACCAGAGGCCUUCGGGACACGGUCCUGAGACGUAAGCAGCGCUCCGUAAAUAACGAUUACGAGGAUUAUGGAGACGACGGUGGUCCCGAAGCCCGGCAUUUCAAGCGCAAGCUCAAGUACAAAUUUCGUCCUAACAAUUACGGUCUAGGAUACGGUGGUUUUGGAUGUCGUAAGUUGCAUGGCUGCGGAGGCUUCGGAGGGUGGCAUCAGCCGCAUUAUGGAGGUGGGCCGGUCGCAGCUGCAUUCGCAGGUUCAGGACACGGCUACGGAGGACAUUACGGAGGCUGGAAUCCCGGCUGGAAUUAUGGCGGCGGUCUCGGUGGCGGAUUUGGCAGACCCGGACCCCACUCCCAGGUGGCGAGUUGGAAUAUCGGGCCCUUCCAGGGUGCAUUCGGUUAUGCCCACGCCGGUUAAGUCACAACCAUGGGUGUUUCCAGGACGCGGGAUCCAACCUCUUCGCAAAUAUUAAGUCCGGACUUCG